GACGUCCGUCUGUGUUCUCUGCAUCAUGGAUGAACAUAAGAACCACAACAUUGUGCCGGCUGGCACUGAGAGGACUGAGAAACAGAAACAGCUGGGUCCUACUCUAAUGAAGUCUCAGCAGAGGAUUGAUCAGAGAGUGAAGAAGUGGACAGACCUUCAGCAGGCAAUGGAAUCAGUCAAGCACUCUGCCCAGGUGGUGUUGGACGAAAACGAGCGAAUCUUCACAGAGCUGCUGCGCUCCAUUGAGAGAAGGUACGUAGAGGUGAGAGAGCUGGUUCAGGCCCAAGAGAGGACCACGGUGGUCCAGGCUGAAGGACUGCUGGCCCGCCUGGAGGAAGAGAUCACCCUGCUGAGGAAGAAACACACUGACCUGGAGAAACUCUCACACACUGACGACCACAUACACUUCCUACAGAGCUGGCAGUCUCUAGCUGGUCCCUCUGGGUAUGAGGACCUGAACAAUUUAACUGUGGCUCCCAACUACUCCUUUGAUGGGGCCAAGAGAGCAAUAGCUGCACUGAAGGUGCAAGUGGAGGAAGUCAACAAGAAUGAAAUGAGCAAAAUCGCCACUGCAGUGAAGGAGGUCCACCUCAUUCAGGCGCUAGAACCUAAUGCGAGGAGAGAACUAGAAGAUUCUGAACCUAAGACAAGGGAAGAUUUCAAGAAAUAUCUGAUCCCGCUAACCCUGGAUGUCAACAGUGCCCAUCCAAACCUGCACUUGUCUGAGGGCAACACUGUAGCCAAGAUGAAGAGCGAACCCAAAAACUACCCUGACCACCCAGACAGGUUUGACCACUGGCAGCAGGUGCUGUGUAAGCAGGCCCUGUCCGGAAGUCGCUGCUACUGGGAGGUAGACUGGCGCGGAACAGAGGUGGAUGUCGCUGUCACAUACCAGAGCAUCAAGCGCAAGGGGAACAACAAUGAAUGCAGCCUGGGCUGGAACGACAAGUCCUGGAGUCUGUACUGCUCCGAGGACAAAUACUCCUUUGUGCACAAGAACCAGAGCACAGAUAUAGCCAAGCCCAGGUCUUUGAAGGUGGGGGUGUAUGUGGACAAAGUGAUGGGGACUCUGGCAUUUUACAGUGUGUCCGAUAGCAUGAACCUCCUUCACAGGGUACAGGGGACCUUCAUAGAGCCUCUCUACCCGGCCUUCAGUGUGUGGGGCUUUGGUUCCAGUGUGAAACUGGUGUAGUGAUUGACUCGGAAUGGUUAAAAAGGGGGUCUUUAAGUACAGCCACCCUUCGGUUAAAGAUAGAUUUCAUUGUUUGCCUUUCAGGUCCAGAUAUAUUACAAGUGUUUUGUGUGAAAUACAAAAACAGAUUGAGGCUCAUCAUAAACGGUGUAUAUUUGGACAUUCUUUCACUAUAAUGACUGUUGAUAGUUUGUAAUUAUUGAAAACAAUUAUUUAUGCAAACACAUUUUUUUAAAUUACUGUAAAAUAGUAGGCAUAAUUUUAGAAGGCUUUGAGAUGAGUUAUGUGUUGCUUUCUACUGUUGGAUGUUUGAACUUUCCUUUAUUUCAUGUGCCUUUUUCUUACAUAUUUACAACCAACUAGAUAUAUAUGAGAGUGAUAAAAUGUAUAUCGUAAUUAUUGUGAAUAAACCACUGUCUCUGUAAUGAAAUGGGCAACAUUUUCAUGUGAGGGGGUGUGAUGCAUCUUAA